CUCAGCCGUCAACACAACAUAACGCGUUAUUUUAUAUCGGAUCGGAUCGGCCGAAUAUAUAUCCGAAAAGUAGUUAUUGUGCUAAAAAGAAGCUACCAAAGAGUAAUUUGUCAGCGACCGUCAGACAGAAUUUAAUCUUGUUCGUAGUUGACCAAAAAACACUUCAAAUCGAAUCCAAAUCCCCAACUCGGCAAGCGGUUAGAGUUGUGUAACACGGACGGGCCCGAGGAAGCAGAAGAAACUAGAACUAGAGCUCUGUGUUCGCUGGUUAGCUAAGCUUGUUCUCUGUUCGUGGUUGGUUGUGUUUGUGGUAGAGGAGCAGCAGGUGACCGAGAGGAACGACGGUAUCGACAUGGCGCUAGAGACGGAAGCAAAGAACCCGAGUGCAGCGACAACAGCAACAACGGCGGCGACGGCUACUAAGGCCAAGGAGAACAACAAUACGGUCGGCGGCAAAAAGAAUCAGAAUCCCAAUCAGCAGAACCAGAACUUGGUCAAUGGCAAUGGCACGGCUGCCGACGGUGCUGCGGCGAAGAAGAAAGGCAAGAAGAACAGAAACAAAAGUCCACCAGAACCCGCUACGGAGAGCACUGAAACCGCUCUGAGCAACGGGCAUGCCGAGAAGGCAGCUGUUGAAGGAGACGCCGAUUCCAAUGCUAAUGUGGCAGCUGACGGCGGAGAGAAGCCAGAGGGAGCCGUAGCAUCGGGCGGCGGGCAGGCGGAGACGGAGGACAUCGACCUAGAUGCUCUGCAUGAUGUGAGCAUCACGGUGAACAUCAGCAGUCCUGGAGCGGACAACCUACUUGUGCAGCUGUCGAGCAUGGAGUUGGUACAGGAGAUCCACCAGCUGCUUAUGGAUCGUGAGGAGACGUGCCACCGCACCUGUUUCUCGCUGCAGCUGGACAACGUGACGCUGGAUCACUUUGCAGAGCUGAAGACCAUCGAGCACCUGGAGCAGGGUUCCACCAUUAAGGUAGUGGAGGAGCCGUACACAAUGCGGGAGGCCCGUAUCCAUGUGCGCCACGUGCGGGAUCUUCUCAAGAACCUCGAUCCGGCAGAUGCGUACAAUGGUAUCGAUUGCAACUCGCUGACCUAUCUAAACACGAUCACUCAGGGCGAUCUGUUGGACAAGAAGAAGACGCGACCGGAUUCAGUAGAUUGCACACCUCCGGAGUAUGUGACGCCGGGCGUGUACGAGCCACCGCUGCUGCCACUGCAUCCGAAUGUGAAGAACGCCAAGGGGCCGCAGGCUCUCAAGGUAUUGACAACAUCCGCUUGGAACCCUCCUCCCGGUCCCCGCAAGCUGCACGGUGACCUCAUGUAUCUGUACGUCGUCACCAUGGAGGACAAGCGCUUCCACAUUUCCGCCUGCUCCAAGGGAUUCUACAUUAACCAGUCGACGGACGACACCUUCAAUCCAAAGCCCGAAAACCCCAGCCACCUCAGCCACUCGCUGAUCGAUCUGCUCUCCCACAUAUCGCCCUCGUUCCGCCGUGCCUUCCAGACCAUUCAGAAGCGUCGCACCAUGCGCCACGCCUUCGAGCGGGUGGCCACGCCCUAUCAGGUGUACCAGUGGGCCUCGCCCGUCCUAGAGCACACCGUGGAUGCCAUUCGUGCCGAGGAUGCCUUUAGCUCCAAGUUGGGCUAUGAGGAGCACAUCCCUGGACAGACACGAGACUGGAAUGAGGAGCUGCAGACGACACGAGAACUGCCACGCAAGACACUGCCAGAGCGUUUGCUGCGCGAGCGCGCCAUCUUCAAGGUGCACGGCGACUUCGUGACCGCUGCUACGAGAGGCGCUAUGGCUGUCAUUGAUGGCAACGUGUUGGCCAUCAAUCCCGGCGAGGACUCCAAGAUGCAAAUGUUUAUCUGGAAUAACAUAUUCUUCUCGCUGGGCUUCGACGUCAGGGACCACUACAAAGAGCUGGGCGGCGACGCAGCAGCCUUUGUGGCUCCGCGAUACGAUCUGCAUGGAGUGCGUGUCUACAAUGCCGUGGACAUCGAGGGUCUGUACACGCUGGGAACGGUGGUAAUUGAUUAUCGUGGCUACCGCGUUACAGCCCAGUCCAUAAUACCUGGCAUUCUUGAGCGAGAGCAGGAGCAGAGCGUGGUGUACGGCUCCAUUGACUUUGGAAAGACGGUGCUGAGCCACCCCAAGUACUUGGAUCUGCUGCGGCAGGCGGGCAAGCAUUUGAAGAUCCUGCCACAUGCGGUACUCAACGAGCGAGACGAGCCCGUGGAGCUGUGCUCUUCAGUGGAGUGCAAAGGCAUCAUCGGCAACGAUGGUCGGCACUACAUUCUUGAUCUGUUGCGCACCUUCCCGCCAGACGUAAACUUCCUGAAGCUGCAGGACGUGCAGCUGAGCAAGGAGCUGGUCGAUAUGGGCUUCCCCAUCGAGCACCGUCACAAGCUGUGCUGUCUACGACAGGAGCUGCUGGAAGCCUUUAUCGAGGACCGGUAUGUAAGUUUCAUCCGGAUAGCAGCCGUGCACCUGCAGCAGCUUAAUGCGACGAAACAGUCGGAGAAGUCCGACGAGGAGAAACCAGUACCAGCCUUGGAAGGUGCGGUUAAGGAUGCCAAGGAGAAUGGAGCAGAGAAGCCGAAGGAAGCUACUGAGGACAAUAAGGAGGAAAAGAAGGAGCAAUCCACUGCUGGCACCACAAAGUCCGCCGAGGCCAUGGUAAAUGCUAUCCGGGAGGCGCAGUCCAAUGUGGCCACCUCCAACGAGGUGCAAGCCGCCGAAGUGGUCAAAAGGGCGUGUGCAGCAGUUGGAUCCCUAAAGGAGAAGGAAUUCGAUUUCCGCUUCAAUCCCGACGUCUUCUCGCCCGGAAUUCGGCAUGUGGACGGCGAGGAGGGCACCUGCAGCUCGCUGGCCAAGCAAAAGGUUCUCGUCCAAGACGCCGCCGAGUUUCUGGUUGUCAAGCAGAUACCCGCCUUCAUCAAGGAGCACCUGGCCCACGCCUCACCGCCAAUUGACGGUCAAAGUCUGACUGAAUCCCUACACAGUCAUGGCAUAAACGUACGCUACUUGGGUAAGGUAAUCAAGCUGCUUGCCCAGAUGCCGCGCAUGGACUACCUGUACAGGAUCGCAAUUCUCGAGCUCAUUGUGCGGGCCACCAAGCACAUCUACUACACCUACAUGCAGAAUACGGAGCCACUGCAUCUGUCUGCCGCCAUCAGCCACUUCCUUAAUUGCCUGCUAACUAACGGACCAGUGAAUCCUGCCGUGAGCAGCGAGGAGGCGCACAAGAAACGCGGUAACGGCGGCAAGCACAACAAGCACAAGUCCUCCAAGAGCGGCAAGGGCCAACAGCAGCAGCAGCAGCAAUCGACCGGUGGCAACCAGAAUGGCAACUCGUCUGGAACUGGAUCCACCGCUUCGGUCGCCUCCGAUUGGACGUUGGUGACGCCCCGUUCGCUGUGGCAGCAGAUUCGGCGAGAGGCCAAGGCCUACUGGGACUGGGAUCUCGACUGCGACUCCAUGGAGAGCGCAACGACCAAGUUCGGUAUCCUGCGGAUCAGCCUGCUGCGAGCCUUUUGCCUCAAAGUGGGCAUCCAGGUGCUGCUACGCGAAUACAACUUCGAGUCCAAGCACAAGCCCACCUUCGGGUCCGAUGACAUUGUCAACGUGUUCCCAGUGGUGAAGCACAUCAGUCCACGGGCCACGGACGCCUACAACUUCUACACGACGGGCCAGGCCAAGAUCCAGCAGGGCAUGUUCAAGGAGGGCUACGAGCUCAUCAGCGAGGCUCUUAAUCUGCUGAACAACGUUUUUGGAGCGAUGCACCAGGAGAACGGAUCCUGCCUACGGAUGCUGGCCCGGCUCAGCUAUCUGCUAGGAGACGCCCAAGAUGCGCUGGCCAUCCAACAGCGCGCGGUGAUCAUGAGCGAGCGCGUGAACGGCAUUGACCAUCCGUCGACCAUUUUGGAAUAUACACACUUAUCCCUCUAUUCAUUUGCCAACGGACAUGUGGGAAUGUCACUGAAGCUCCUGUACCGAGCCCGAUAUCUGAUGGUGCUCAUCUGCGGCGAGGAUCACCCGGAGGUGGCACUGAUCGAUAGCAACAUUAGCUUAAUUUUGCACGCCCUGGGAGAGUACGAGCUGUCGCUGCGAUUUAUCGAACACGCCCUCAAGCUGAACCUUAAGUACUUUGGCAACAAGGCCAUGCACGUAGCGGUCAGCUAUCACUUGAUGGCUCGCACUCAGUCCUGCAUGGGCGACUUCCGCUCAGCGUUGAACAACGAGAAGGAGACCUACUCCAUCUACAAGUCUCAGUUGGGCGAGAAGCACGAAAAGACUAGGGACUCGGCCGAGUGCCUGCGCCUGCUGACCCAGCAGGCUGUGCUGCUGCAGCGCAAGAUGAAUGACAUCUAUUCCAACGGCAAGCUGACCACCGACCUGCCGCCCAUCCACAUCACUCCGCCCUCUAUGGGCUCCGUUCUGGACAUGCUGAACACCAUCAACGGCAUACUGUUUGUGCAGAUUAGCCAAAAGGACAUAGUCAAGGUACGCAGCGAGAUUGAGAAGCAUUUCAAGGCCAAUAAUGCCGAGAACGAGGUAAACGAUGCCAUCAAGUCCAUUGUGGCUGCUGCCAACAACAAUGGCGAGAUUGAAGGUGAGGUCCCGAAGGAGGAUGCGACUGCAACGGCCACGCAGAUAACGAACGGAGAGGAGGCGCCGGCGGCUUCAAGUUGAACAACACUCCAAUGGCAAAGUUAAAGAUAGUUGAAGUCAUCCCAACAAAAGUCACAAAAAUUUGCCGCCUGUUCCGUUGCAUUGUCUGUAGCAUCGUUAAUCGUACAUUUUCGGACUGAGCUAAAUUAGAAACAAGCAGGCGGGCUUUCAACAACAACAGCAAUGACCUGGAAACUGCAAAAUCUACAACUAAUUAACAUCGCAAUAAAAAACAUAAGUGUUUAUGUUUUCCUCGAA